AUGAAAUCUGUGUCACUUGAUUAUUGGAGAGAUUAUUUUAGGACAGCAAAUUCUGAUAUUUUCGGUAUCAUUGAUCAUGCAAUCUUAGUUGCAGCAUCUGAUUGUCCUAAAGAGUUUAAAUUGCGAAGAGAUCGAAUUGCAGAACGUUUGUUUUCUUGUAGAUUGAUAAAGUGUACGGGUUGUAACCGGGUUGAGUUGGCGGUGCCGGGUCAUGAUGAUGGCGAGAGCGAUGAUAGAGGUUGCUGUAGCAAGAGAAGGGAUGGUGAUAAUUCUGGUGGUGGGGAUGAUGAUGAUGAUGUUGAGAUAGAUAUUGAUGAUGGUGGGUUUGAGUACGAGGGAGGUGGUAGUAAAGAGAGCAAGGUGAAUAGUAGUAAUAGAGAUAAUGAUAUUGAUAAUGGAGAAGUGAAUUUGAAUGAUCAGUUGGUAAGUAAUUUUAGUUUUGGAGAUGCUGAAGCUUUAACUGAUGAGAUUGAAGAGGUGUCUCAGACUGUUGAUGAGGUUUUGAGAAUCAAAGACAUCCUUUAUAACAGCCAACAUGAGGCUGAUUCUGUGUUGCUUGAAUCAUUGAGGAAGCUCAGAUUGAUGGCUUUGUCUGUGGAUACUCUCAAGGCAACUGAGAUUGGAAAGGCUGUCAAUGUCCUCCGGAAGAAUGGAUCAAAGCAGAUUCGACAUCUUGCUCGGUCUCUAAUAGAAGACUGGAAAGAUUUGGUAGAUGAGUGGUACAGUACUGCAAAUGUUAUACGAGGUGACGAAGGUACUCCUGAGUCUGUAAAUCCCUCUGUUGUUGAUGAAGAAGAAGGGCUUCCAUCUCCUCCUUUGGAUGAAGGAGCUUUCUUUGCUACUCAACCUACGUCAAUGGAGCUCUCACAAUUCUUUGAUGGAAUGGAUGAUGAUGGAAAUCCUCGAAACAGUGGGGAAUUCAUCAAGAACCGUGAAAGUGGACGGAGAUUGUCAGUUGAUAAUGAAAAUAUCACAAAACAGAAACAGCACACUCCUAAUGGAGCAAAUGCUCUUUCUAAGGACAGCAAGAGUCAACAAAUAAGGAGGCAAGAAGCUGUUGUGAAGGCAAGCAAGCCUUCAAAUGCCAAUUCUGGGCCUGGAAGACCUCUAAAGCAAAAUGCUGAGCAGAAGAUGAACCAGGAACCAAAGUUAAUUCGAAAAACAGAUAAGAUUACCAGCCAGAGAAAGCCCCCAACUGGUCAACAAGAUAAAUUCAAGAGUUCAGAUGAGGUUGCUGUCCAGAUGAAACUUGAAGCCACAAAAAGGAAACUCCAGGAGCGAUAUCAACAAGCUGAAAAUGCCAAGAGACAAAGAACGAUACAGUUAAUGGAGCUGCAUGAUCUCCCUAAGCAGGGACAAGUUCAGAAAAACCAACCCAUGAGACCAGGGAACCAUAACCGGCAUUGGGCACACGGAAGGCGGUAA